AAAAAAAAACACAACAAAAUCGCAAAUCGCAAACCUGAAGAGAGUGAAGCAAGAAACGGCAACACCAGAAUCGCAAAUCGCAAGCAGGAAGAGAAUGGGGCUAUAACAAUGCAGCGUAAAGGAAUUUGAACAAAUUCCUAUUUUUUGCGAUUGACAACACUGAUUUUAGAUACUUCGUAUUUGAUGGAUUCCAAUAAUUGGGUCCCUAAUCAGGGUACGGAAGCCACUGCCGACACAGUUGAUUGGAGAACUCAACUGCAACCUGAUCAACGCCAAAGAAUUGUCAAUAAAAUAAUGGACACAUUAAGAAAACAUCUUCCCGUUUCUGGUUCUGAGGGAUUGCUUGAACUUCGGAAGAUUGCUCAAAGGUUUGAAGAUAAGAUUUAUACUGCUGCGACAAGCCAGUCUGAUUAUCUACGAAAAAUAUCUAUGAAAAUGCUAACAAUGGAGAAUAAAUCUCAAAACACCAUGGCCAACAAUAUGCUAUCAAAUGAAGGUGGUCCCAGCAAUAAUCUGCCCGAUCAAGGACAACAACAUCCUAAUCCUCUGCCUAAUCAGCACCAACCUCGUCAGCAGCUUCUAUCUCACAACAUUCAAAAUAAUGUUGCACCUCAACCUAACCUUUCAUCGGUAUCAACUCUACCCCAGAUUCCCAGCCAGAAUAUUAGCCAAAAUUCGAACACUCAACAACCUGGGCAAAAUUCUGUGAGUAACUCUAUUGGCCAGAAUUCCAAUGUACAGAGUAUGUUUCCUGGUUCUCAGAGGCAAAUGUCAGGAAGGCCGCAAGUUGUUCCCCAACAGCAACAGCAACAAUCACAAAAUCAACAACAGACUCUUUACCAACAGCAGCUUCUGAAGCAUAAGCUGUCUCAGAUGCAGCAGCAGCAGCAACAGCAGAACCUUCUGCAACCAAAUCAGCUGCUAUCUUCUCAACAAUCUGUUAUACCAACAUCAUCGGCUAUGCAGCCUUCAAUGGUGCAAUCAUCUCUAUCUAGCCUUCCACAGAAUCAGCAGUCUAAUAAUGUUCAACAGUCAACACAGUCUAGACUUCAGCAACAUUCCCAAAUUAUUAGGCAGCAGCAACAGAAUUCUAUUGUUAAUCAGCAACAAACACCAAUGAUUCAACAGCAACAUCAGCAGCUUGCGGGGCCUCAGUCAAAUGCAACGAAUGGCCAACAUGCUCAGAUGCUUGGACAACAGAACAAUGUUGGUGACGUACAGAAAUCCCAGAGGUUGCAUCCACAGCAGAAUAAUCUCAUGAAUCUGCAACAGCGACAGCAACAACAACAGUUAAUGAAUCAUCAAAACAAUCUAACAAAUAUACAUCAACAGCCAGGAAAUAAUGUACAGGGGUUACAACAGCAACAGCAGUUUGGAACUGAGUCUGGCAACCAAGGCAUCCAAACAAGCCAUCAUUCUGCACAGAUGCUGCAACAACCAAAGGUUUCAAUGCAGCAACAAUUGCAACACAAUCCAUCAAAAUUGUUGCCAUCUCAGUCGCAGCAGUCCCAGACACAGGCUUCUCAGCAGCAAUUGAUGUCGCAGAUUCAUAACCAGCCUGCACAGAUGCAACAGCAACUGGGGUUGCAGCAGCAGCAAAAUCCUUUGCAACGAGAUAUGCAGCAAAAACUCCAAGCAUCAGGGUCCUUACUUCAACAGCAAAGUGUUCUUGAUCAGCAAAAACAACUAUAUCAAUCUCAAAGAGCUCUUCCAGAAACAUCAACAACUUCUGUGGAUUCUACAACGCAGACUGCACAACCAAAUGGGGUCGAUUGGCAAGAAGAAAUUUACCAAAAGCUGCAAACCAUGAAAGAAACUUACUUGCCAGAGAUUAAUGAAAUAUACCAGAAAAUUUCUAUGAAAGUUCAUCAGUUUGAUUCUAUUCCUCAACAACCAAAGUCAGAUCAGAUUGAAAAGUUGAAGGGAUAUAAAACAAUGUUCGAACGCAUGAUAUCAAUUCUACAGAUUCCCAAGAGCAGUAUUCAGUACGGUGUAAAGGAAAAAUUGGGAUCAUAUGAAAAGCAGAUUGCAGCUGCCAUAAAUCAAUUUAGACCUAGGAAAGCCAUGUCUUCACUGCAACCAGGACAGCUUCCUGCAACUCAUAUGGCUUUGAUGCCACAGUCACAAUCUCAAGUUACUUCAGUACAGUCUCAUGAAAAUCAAAUGAACUCUCAGAUGCAGCCUACAAAUUUACAAGGUUCUACCUCCGUUCAGCAGAACAAUAUUGCGAGCUUGCAGAACAAUUCUAUGUCUAGUUUAUCAACAACACAGCAGAAUAUGUUGAAUACAAUUCAACCAAGUAAUAAUUUAGAUUCUGGGCAAGGAAAUUCUGUGAACUCUUUGCAACAGGUUCCAGUGAGCUCCCUUCAACAAAACACUGUUAAUACCCAACAUACCAACAUCAAUUCAUUACCGUCACAAGGUGGGGUAAAUGUAAUCCAACCAAAUCUAAAUACCCAUCAGCCAGGUUCCAAUAUGCUUCAGCAGCAACAACUGAAACAUCAGCAGGAACAGAAGAUGCUGCAGAAUCAACAGUUCAAACAACAAUAUCAGCAGCGACAAAUGAUGCAGAGGCAGCAGCAGCAGCUACACCAGCCAGCAAAGCAACAGAUGUCUGCACAACCACAGACACAUCAAUUGCCCCAGAUUAAUCAAAUGAAUGAUAUGAAUGAUGUGAAAAUACGACAAGGAUUGGGUGUUAAGUCAGGGGUAUUUCAGCAACAUCUUACCUCAGGUCAAAACUCAACUUAUUCCCAUCAACAGAUGAAACAAGGGAGUCCAUUUCAGGUUUCUUCACCCCAACUCUUUCAAGCUGCAUCUCCUCAAAUUCCACAUAAUUCAUCUCCCCAAGUUGACCAACAAACUCAUCUCCUGUCUCUAACAAAAGUUGGAACUCCUCUGCAAUCUUCUAAUUCACCAUUUGGGGUCCCUACUCCUUCACCUCCCAUGGCUCCAUCUCCUAUGCUAGUAGACUCUGAGAAGCCCAUUCCUGGUGUUUCAUCAUCAAAUGCUGCCAAUGUUGGACAGAAUGCAGCAGCACCAGCUCAAUCCCUUGCCAUUGGGACUCCUGGGAUAUCAGCCUCUCCUUUAUUGGCAGAAUUCAGUGGUCCAGAUGGUACGUUUUGUAAUGCUUUAGGAGCUCCUUCUGGGAAGUCGACUGCAGAUCACCCUAUUGAUCGUCUAAUUAGAGCGGUGCAAUCAAUGUCUACUGAGACAUUAACUGCUGCUGUCAGUGAUAUUAGUUCAGUUGUUAGCAUGAGUGAUAGGAUAUCAGGAUCAGCUCCAGGUAAUGGAUCCAGAGCUGCUGUUGGUGAGGAUUUGGUUUCCAUGACUAAUUGUCGUCUUCAGGCUAGAAGUUUUAUUACUCAAGAUGGUGGUACUACUAAUGGAAUCAGGAAGUUUAAGCGCCACAUCCGUGGUAAAACGUUGGAUGUUGGGUCAUCUGCUGGAAGCAUGAAUGACAAUCUUAAGCAGUUAUCUGCUUCAGAGGCUUCUCAGCAGGAGUCAACUGCAACGUCUAAUGUCAAGAAGCCAAAGGCUGAGGUUAAUCAUGCCCUUUUGGAAGAAUUACAGCAAAUUAAUCGCCGACUUAUUGACACAAUAGUAGACAUAAGUACUGAAGAUGUUGAUUCAACUGCAGCAGCUGCUGCUGCUGCUGAAUGGGUACAUGGGACCAUUGUCAAAUGUUCUUUCAUUCCUGUGUCUCUCAGCCCAUCUUUAAAAUCUCAAUAUGUUUCACUACAGUCACCUAUUCAGCCUUUGCGCCUGCUGGUUCCUCCAAACUAUCCUAACUGCUCUCCCAUAUUCAUAGACAAGUUUCCAGUUGAAUCCCGUAAGGGGAAUGAAGAUCUUUCAGAGAAAGCAAAAGUGAAGUUUAGCAUGUCCUUACGUAAUUUAUCACAACCUAUGUCCCUCAAGGAUAUAGCAAUGACUUGGGAUGCUUCUGUUCGCGGUGUUAUUUCCGAGUAUGCACAACAAUUUGGUGGAGGAACAUUCAGCGCUAAGUAUGGAGAUUGGCAGGAGUUCACGUCUUGGGAGGAUUUGUUGGCUGCAUAAUGAAUGAUUCUUGAAUAGUGGCAAACAUUAUAUGAAGACCUUUUAGGUUUGGUGGUUUCAAACAUUAUUAUAGUUCAACUAGCAACAAACCUGUUAUUUAUUGGAUAUAGAUAAUAGUAAAUUAGAAUCCUCUCCAUUUCUUAAACGAAAUAGAGAACUCCAUUUAUAAAAAGACACGAGAGAUAUGAUGUAUCGAGUUUUGUUAAUUAUUUCAAUUUCUUUAAAUUAUUGUGUCUUUCUCUCUUUAAAUGGAGUCAUUCAUUUCUUGAGUAAUGGAUAGGGAUCCUAAGUCGUAUAAAUCCGCUUAUUGCAUACCAUGAAGUUUUCAAUCUUUAUCUAUACUUGUGACAAAUUAUUAACUUUAUAAAGAUUGUCAUGGUUGGCCUA